AUGUCCGCCUCCAAGAAACACGCCCGCUCCACCUCCACCGACGACGUCCUCAAACACCCCUCCACCAAACGCGCCAAAGAAAUCGACCAAACCACCCCCUACGACACCCUCACCGAUCUCCUCCCCAUCGAACCCAAACCCAACACGAAGAAGAAGAAUGCCAUCCUCCACUGGUUCCGCAGCAAAGACCUCCGCAUGCAAGACAACAAAGCCCUGCAUGCCGCCUCCCAGAAAGCAAGCGAAACGCAGGGUGCACACUUGAUCGCGCUCUACCUCUGGAGCCCCAAAGAUAUCCUCUGGCACGGAACGUCCCCGGCGCGGGUCGAUUUCCUUCUCGAGAGUUUACGACUCUUGCAGAAAGAAUUGGAGCGGGAAAAGGGGAUUCCGUUGCACAUCAUCACGGCGGAGGAGAGGGGUGAGAAGACGGCCAAGGUGGUGGAGUUUGUGAAGGGCAAUGGGAUUGGCGAGGUCUUUGCGAAUUUUGAGUAUGAAGUGGAUGAGCUACGACGGGAUAUUUCUGUGGCCAAGGCAUUGGAAGAGGAAGGGGUGGGGUUUGGGCUCUGGCAUGAUCAGACGGUUGUGGAGCCGGGGAGUCUGGUCACGGGUUCCGGGGGACCGCAUAAGGUCUUUACGCCUUAUCAUAAGGCUUGGCUGGCGGAGACGAAAGACUCGUCUGAAUUGUUGGACGUUGUUCCCGAGCCGGAAGGGAAUGACAAAGCUGCGAAGGAGGAAUUGAAAGGGCUGUUUGGGAGUGCGAUUCCCGAAGCACCAACUGAGAAAGCCUUCACGUCGAAGGAAGAAAGAGAGAGGAUCAGGAAGUUAUGGCCUGCGGGACAUCAAGCCGGAAUGCAACGCCUGGAAGAUUUUCUGGACAAGAAAGUCAAGCACUACGCGACCCAUCGCUCUGAGCCCGCACGCGAUCCCUCAAGCAGACUGUCACCCUACUUCGCCUCCGGAAUCAUCGGCUUGCGCGAGACCCUCGCGCGCACAUUACAAGCAAACUCCAACCAGCACUUCGACGCCGGCGACCCGGGCAUAGCCUCGUGGGUGCGCGAGAUCGUCUUCCGAGAAUUCUACCGCCACAUCAUGCUCAUCAUCCCACACAACUCCCUCAACCUACCCCAGAACCUCAAAUUCGACUUUGUGCACUGGGAAACGGACGAAGAAGGCUAUAAGAAAUGGGAAGAAGGGAAGACGGGAGUGCCCUUCAUCGACGCCGGGAUGCGACAGUUGAAUCACGAGGCGUACAUGCACAACCGUCUGCGGAUGAACGUCUCUUCCUACCUCCGCGCGAAUCUCCUCAUCGACUACCGUCGCGGCGAGAGGUAUUUCGCGGAGAAGCUGAUCGAUUGGGAUCUGUGUAACAACACGCAAGGGUGGGAGCCCUCGUACACGAUCUUCAACCCGGUGGUGCAGGCGGAGAAAUGCGACAAGGAAGGGGAGUAUAUCCGGAAAUGGGUGCCCGAGUUGAAAGACGUGCGAGGGAAGGCGGUUUUUGAUCCGUACCAUCGGUUGGAGAGGAAGGAAUUUGAGAAGUUGGGAUAUCCGGCGCCGCAUGUGGAUUUUGGGGAGACGAGUCGGAGGGCGAAGGAGAGGUAUAAGCAUGAUUUGGCGGAGGCGGAUCCGUGA